AUGUAUAAGAGUUCUCCACAAUUUCGUGAAAUUCCCGUUCCGCGACACCGUUUUUCUCCUUUGCUAAAAGAAUGGAAAAAAAUUUACGAACCUCUUGUAAAACAUUUGAAUUUGCAAGUUAGAAUGAAUCUUAAAGCAAAACGCGUCGAAUUAAGGACAUCUAAAUAUACAACAGAUUUAGGAUCAAUUCAAAAGGCUGCAGAUUUUGUUAAAGCUUUCAUGUUAGGAUUUAACGUUGACGAUGCGAUUGCAAUAUUACGUGUAGAUGAUCUUUAUAUUGAUUCUUUCGAUAUUAAAGAUGUUAAAACACUGGAAGGUGAUCACCUAUCUCGCGCUAUUGGUCGCAUUGCCGGUAAAAAUGGAAAGGUCAAAUUUGCUAUUGAAAAUGCUUCAAAAACUAGAGUUGUUUUGGCCGAUACAUCAAUUCACAUCCUAGGAUCCUUUCAGAAUAUCAAAAUUGCUCGGGAUGCAAUUGUCUCUUUGAUUUUAGGCAGUCCACCUGGUAAAGUGAAUGCAAACUUGGCAAUCGUUUCUUCUAGAAUGAAACAAAGAUUUUAA